AUGUUGUUUAGACAAGUGUUUCUGCGUUUCUUAUCGACAACGAGAGUACCUUUAUCCAAGACCGUAUCUGGCAGGAUCAUAGUACCCCCGGCAACACAUUUCAAUAAUCAGGGACCUAAAUUUAACAGAAUACCAAGACACGAAUACAAGCAGUUACCAGAUGAUUCCAAUUAUAUCGAGAAAUUCUACGAUGAGUUGCAGGCGUUCUCACAGGAGUUUCUCGAGAAGCAAUUGCAUAAGAAGUAUACAGAUUUUGAAGAUUGUCCGGAAGAAUUGGUAUUCCAAUUGGAGCAAUUCAUAGAAUUGCAGGUAAUACCCAAGCAUUCUGAGCCUGCAAAUGAAACUGGUGACACCCGACCUAGUUUCCCACUAAGAUCAAUUCAAUGUCGAAACAUUGGCGAUAAAAUUAUAAUUGAGCGUUACUUAGAUUUUUCCAAGGGUGUCAAGCUAACGUUGAUGCUAAACGGUGGUCACACCUUCAUAUUUGACGUUCUACUUCAAGGUAAGUCUGUAUUCGAUAAUAUGCAGAAGAAUGAAAAAAAGGACUAA